UAAACGUUACACAAGUACAUUUUUUCGCCAAGAGCAAUAUUUGAUGCGACACGAAACCAACGCGCUUACAACACCAGUGUAAAAAAGCUAAGUUGGCAGCACGGCGAGUCACCUCGACUUAUCGGUUAUCGGCUUCUUUUUCCUGUCUCUUUUCGCCGGUUGAACUUUUCGUUCUUGCUUAUAGUGAGUGGUGCUAACAAGAAUUGGUGAAUUAUUGAGCAAAAAGUUAAUUUCAAGACAUUUUCGAAUUAAAUUGCCAGUUCUUCACUACAGCCACAUAGUUAUGGCUGCUCACCUGCCGGAACGUCAUUUUGGGUACACUUGCCGCAAAUGUGGCGCAUCUGAGUUUACUGGACGUCGCUAUGCCUGUUGGGCCUGCAUUGACUAUCAGAUCUGUGGUCGCUGCUACGAUGCUGGUAACUUGCCGGAGUCUCCGGAGCACAAGUAUUACCAUCCACUAGAGACGCACUACACGCGUGCUGAAUAUCAACUGUACUUUGGGGGCGAGUUCUACGAUGAAUCCAAUGUGCCACAGAGCUAUAAAUGUGCGCUGUGCGAAUGCAUGGGCUUCAACAUCGAAGAGCUGUAUAUGCAUUUAUAUCAAUCACAUAUGGGUCAUAAGGAUUUUGAAGAGUAUUUCCGCAUACUCUAUAGUCGCAUGUCAGCCGAUUCGGUCGAAUUUUCUCUACCGCCGGUUGUCGAAGCACAAAGUCCUCUUCCAAUGUUGCAGACACCGCCGCCUCCUCCACCCCCACCGCCAGGACCACCAGCUCCAGAUACAGCCCCACCGGUGCCCGAAAGAGCUCUUAGUCCUGAUCCUCCGGGCCCACGUCGUUUCAUACUUGAAAUUAUACGUCUAAAGCCAAUCGUAAACAACUCUAGAGACAGUUCGAGCGCUUCACGUCGCCAGCGUCGGAGAUGCUUUGCUAAUUUGGACGCUCAAUAUAAUCCCAUCGUGGAGCAGGCUUUGCAACUCCUAGACGAACUCCAUGGACUCAAUCGCAAUGAUAGCAACUUUGAUUCCCUAUCCCAAAACAUUUUGGAGCGUGCACGUUCCCUGCGUCGCAUAUCGCAGCGACAUAGUGAUGUAUCCCCAGGAGUGCGUGGUAGCCUGGAUGUUGGCUCAAGUCCCGGAAAUCAUUACGAUGCCGAAACCAUCUUACGCAUUAUUGAGGACGAGCUCACUGCCGCACAAACUACGCGCGAUGCGCCUACAACUCGUGGCUCGCUUUUGUCCCGACGUCGGAACGCUGUGGGACCCAAUUCCUCUGUAGCCAUGGCCGCCAGACUUAUGGCUGCCUCAUACGCUGAGACCGCAACGGUGCCAUCAGCAACAUUGACAUCACGUGGUGGUGGUAUGCUUCGUGGUCAAAGCUUGAGGACUCCACGUCCCUUCAACAGCGAUUUUGAAACUCUCCGCACCGGAUUCCAUGAUGCCGGCUCAGCUUUUCGGCGUUAUAGCUCACCUAUUGACUUGGCCAGAACGCGCUCAUCGCAACAACGACCAUCAUCACGAAACUGGGACGGCUACAUACGCGCCGCUUAUGGCUUUAUGCCUAUGACUGCGGGAAGCCCCGGUAGCGGUCUCAGCGCGCGGGCCGCAAUGACGCCGCGUGCCACAAUGUUCCGCGAAGUGCCAGAUCAUUUUGUAAUACCGCCGUCGGAAGGCAGCACCGAGAUUCAGAAUCAACUACAAAAGCGCUAUGCCGAUAUUGUGCGUGAAAUGGUGGCCACCAAUGACUUCCGUCCUAUGCUAAUGAAAGUGAGAGACCCGCUUGCCGAUCAAGCAAACAAAUCAAGCCAGAAAACUCCGGCUGCCACAAAACCCGAAGAAAAACCAACCACACAGCAAACUUCGAAAAAUGACGGAAAAUUCUUAUGCAAGCGAUUUUUGAAGGUUGAGAAAAUGAAGAGCGAACAUCAAAAGACAAACAUAAUCAAGCAUGCUGGCUUCACUGAAGCCCUCCUCUUGUCAAUGCUGGCUGAUGAGGAGCUGGCACAAGUGCAGAUUAAUAUAGAUUGGGAGUCUAUUCCGAAGACCGUGUUUAAAAUGCCAGAGACUACCAAGGUGGAAGCUCCGAAAGAAGAUAAUGCCGAUAAGGACCCAGCUUCAAAAACAGGAGUAGAAGCCAUGGCCCGCUUUUUAAGGGGGCUAGACUUUUAUAAAAGCUGGUUGGAGACUCGUAUGGCCGAGACUCGUAUUGAGACUAAUGGAAAAAAUCAAGACGUAUGUAAACAAAUGACCGCCUCUGAACAUUUGCCGGAGACGCGAUUCGCCUAUGAUGAUGAUGAAAUUGAUGAAACAGACGAGCGUACCGAUGAAAACGAAGAUCAGCAAACUGGGGAAGAUCGCCCCAACAACAACAACAACAAUCUAAGUGUCCAAAAUAAUGACUUUGUUAACACUGCCGCCAUGCCCGUACCAAUCGAUGAUGUUGUGCCGAGUCCCAUUAUCUAUAUCGACUCCGACAUGGACGACUCCGAAGAAGAUGAUGACGAAAACGAUGGCGAGGGUGAUGACGAAACUGGCGGGGACGAUGAGGUUAGUGUGGUUAGUGCUGGGAACCCACAGCCCCUACAGAGCGUGGCAGUCUACAAUGCCGCCGUCGAUGUUCAACAAGUUACUCAAGCAAACGAAGCCAAUGGCGAACACGAUGCCGAAUAUGACGACGAAAUCGAUGGGGAUAUGGAGGAAGUUAGCUCGGACACAUCUGAAGGCACCAUUGCCAUGAUGGUCAAUGAAAUUGACGAAGUCUACGGAUAUUAAUAAUUAGCCUAAAUAGGGCGCAUGCGGGAUUGAAUUGUGGAAAUGGCAAACAGCGCCCCGCUCGAUUAUUGAUGGCAUGGGCAUGGAACUUUUGUAUGCGUUUAUCUUUAAAAUAUGUUGAACAAAUAACUCGUUAAUGUUAAAACCUAUUACAAAUUUAAUAAUAAAUACGAUAAGGUAUAAUAGUACGU